UGCUGUGCCCUUUCAGACUAAAGUGGUUGAAGAGAAAGCAGAGUUUGUCUUUUAGAGCGGGGGGGUGGACAGAACGUAGAUGGGUAAAAAGAGAGGGUGGUUUGACUUGGCCAUCAUCAGAGCAGGAAGUUCUGAGUGUGGUUAACUGAGCGGAACAGAGGAGAGGGAGGCUGCAGCUCUUCCCUGCCUUAUACACCAUUCAAGCAUUGUGUUCAGACUGUGCAGUCACUGAGACAGGAGAGAAAGAAAUACCUGGGAGAAACACGGAGGAGGCUGUCUGGUUCCUGUGAUGGUGUCUGCAGGUCCAGGUCUUGAGGCUGUUGGCCCUGUGCCUGGGCAGGAGUCUGGGGGUCGGAGGCUCACCUGGCCGGUCCUGCUGCUGACCCUGGCGGCGAUCACCUCAUCGUCUCUCUCGGCCUUAUCUCUGUUCCAUCUGUUGGCCCUCAGGACCGAGGUGGAGGGGCUCCGGUCAGAGGUAUUUCGCAGGAGAGAGGAGACACUGCAACAGAUGAGCAGCAGCUCCAGAACCAGGAGGAGCAGCUCACCUCCUCCACACCCCCCUGAGUCCCAGACUAGGCUGCCCUUCAUCAGGAAGAGGAGUGUGGGCACAGGACCUGAGAACACAGUGUCUCAACCCUGUCUACAGAUGCUGGCAGAUAGCAACAGGGAAACAUUCCAGAAAGAGUUUUCAUUGGAGCCUCACACAGGGAUCCCCUUGCAGGAGGGGCUUAGGAGAGGCUCCGCCCUGGAGGCAGAGAGUGACAGCAUUCUUGUCAGAGAGGAGGGAUACUACUUUGUCUACAGCCAGGUGUACUACAUGGACAGGAUCUUUGCCAUGGGUCAUGUGGUGAACAGGAAGAAGAGGAAUGUUGUGGGAGAUGAAGCUCAGCAUGUCACACUGUUCCGCUGUAUCCAGGACAUGAACCCUGUUUACCCAUACAACACCUGCUACACAGGGGGCAUAGUGAAGCUGGAGGUCGGGGACAGUGUGGAGCUGCUGAUACCUCGCUCUACAGCCAACAUUUCUCUGAAUGGGGACUUUACUUUCCUGGGGGCCUUUAGACUGGUCUGACCCUGACCAGGGGGGCUGAACCUGGGGGACUAAGGGAUACAAACUUGGGGGACUGGAAAUGGUGAGCUGGUAGAUGCUGGCUGUGGUGGAGAAGAGAUAAUGGUUUUAAAUUUAAAAUGCCUUGUGGGUCUGGACAUCAUCUUUUCUACUAUGAUGUCAACAGCUUUACAGUGUGACUGAGGGAUGGACGGACAGACAGAUUCAUGGCCUAUGACUGGCUGAUUCCUUAUGUGACACCAGUGUCAUCACUAUGCGUGAUCUGAAAUGUUUGAGGCUUAUGUUGGCAGGUGGCUCAACGUUCAUUCAUGUAGACUCCUUUACACAUGUUGUUAUUGUCAUAUACAUUGUCAAUACACAUGUUGUUAUGGUCAUAUACAUUGUUAAUACACAUGUUGUUUAGGGCUGUGACGAUACCAGUAUUGCAAUAUUUUUUCCAUGGCAAAAAUGAAAACACAAAGCAGACCAAACUCCUUUGGACCUUUAAAGGUGCCUCACAUACAAUUUAUUUUGGAAUUUUUUCAUUGUGAUUUCACAAAAUGUCCAUAAUAUAUCUGCAGUAAUAGUGGAAUAGUGUUUCACAGUAUUACUUACCUGCCAAUGUUGUGAUUGGCUAUGAUGCCGGAGCGACUGUUCUGUGGCUGUGUUAUCUAGUGGAAAUUGCUCUCAUUUUCUGGUUGCAAAAAUUCUACACUGUUAGCUCAAUUUCAGUUUAUCUGAGAAAACAAGCACUGAAUAGUGUUGGGAAUCAUUGUACCAUCUAUACUGAACAAAAAUAGAAAUGCAACAUGCAACAACUUCAAGAUUUUGCUGAGUGACAGUUCGUAUAAGGAAAUCAGCCAAAUGAAAUGAAUUCAUUAGGCCCUAAUCUAUGGAUUUCACAUGACUGGGCAGGGGUGCAGCCAUGGGUGGGCCCACACACUUGGGAGCCAGGCCCAGCCAAACAGAAUUCGUUUUUCCCCAAUAAAAUACUUUAUAACA